AUGUCCCAACUGCCCAAGCGGACACCGGCCGAAAAUGUCUCAACUGCCCACCGGACACCGUCCGAAGAUGUUCCAACUGCCCAAGCGGACACCCGCCGAAGAUGUCCCAACUGCGACAUUUUGAGCCGGUGUUCGGCCCUGGUGUUCGACCCAAGAUGUCCCAGUUGUUACUGUCCAGUCGUAGAUGGGUAUGUGCUGGUUGACAGGCUGAACAUAUGUUUUAAGGCGUCAACGAGCAAAAAAUCUUUUGACGACGCACGUGACAUCUGUAGCCAAAUAGGUGCCAGACUGAUUGUCCUGGACACGGAUGACAAAAACGCAGCUGUCAGUAGAUACGUUAAUGCAUCAAGAGGUGAAGCCAACUACUACAUUGGCCUCACAGACAUGGUCACCGAGAACAAGUUCGUGUGGGGGGACGGACACACAGUCGGGUUCACCAAGUGGGAAGAUGGGGAGCCGAAUGACUUUCAUGAUCAGGACUGCGUGCUGCUGACACCGUGGACGACGAGAUGGAGAAACGCCCCCUGCUGGGACAGAUAUAAGUACGUCUGUGAAAAACAUCCAUGGUGA